GCUGGGGGAGAGUUUCGAGGCAGCGCUGGCCCCGAGGUGGUGUCUGAAGAAGCCAUUAUUGUGACAAGGCGAGGAGUGAAGUAACUUGUGGGUGGGCGGGAUGAUUUAUUAGGCGAUGAAAGCUUCCGACUGCCACACUAACCACAAAUUGGUGCACGCGACACCCGGCCAUUCGUCACCCCGCAGCACCACCAGCCUCCUCCUCUUCCUCUUCCUCCUCCUCCUCCUCCCGCUACCAAUGGACUAAGCGCCGAGUCCUCCGCCGCGAAGGAUACCGCGCGAGAAUCCCAGUGUGUAUUGAGUGAGCGCAGUGACCCAGCAUAGUGACAGAGACAUGGACAGCGACACUGCUUGGCCCGCCGCCUCCUAGCGUGACUGACCCGCCAGAGUGCCAACCAUGCAGGUGUUGUAGACCCCUCCACACACAAGAAGCAACAGGACACAUACACUUGAGCGAGGCGUGUGGGAGUGCGGGCGUGGUGGAGGGGAUGAAUGGCGUGGGCGGGGGUGGGGGUCUCGGCUACCCCACCACGGAGAAGGGCGCCCGCAAGCCGAAGUGUGCCCGCUGCAGGAACCACGGCAUGAUCAGCUGGCUCAAGGGACACAAGCGACACUGCAAGUUUAAGGACUGCACCUGUGCCCGCUGCAACCUGAUAGCGGAGCGGCAGCGGGUCAUGGCGGCGCAGACACGGAUUCUGGGCAUGGCUGGAGAAGUUGGACCCCGCGCCGCCGCCGCCGUCCCCCACGAGCCGAGUGACGUAGGAAUGGCACCACCUCGGCUCCCUUGGGUCAUGGCAGCGAGGGCGAGGUCCAAUCUCCCAGCGUCUGCCACACUCCCAUGUCCCCUCGACGUGGCGCUGAAGAGACAACAGGCAGCCGAGGACGCCAUCGCCAUCUCCUUCAGGGUGGCGGCGACAGGUACGGCUUGCCCCUUCCUGCCGCAGGGCCCCAUCUUUGGCCUGCCCGUCACAGAGCCGCUGGUCAAGGAAGGCGAGGACGGGCCAGAAGAGGAGCGGCCGGAAAGUGUGACCUCCCCCACGAUCUCCCCCGCCAUGUCACCCACCUCCACCUCCACCACUACCACCGCUGGGGCGGCGGUCUCCGAAGAGGACACGGGCCACACGCCGCCGCGGCCCUCCACACACCACAUGGUCACCCACAUGGACCACGUGGUCGCCCACAGCGGACCCUCUCAGAUCCCCGCAGAGCCGCCCCGGGAGGCGCCGCUCACGCCCGCGGCGCCGCAGCCGGAGGCGCGGCCCCCAGCAGUGGAGGCACCGGGGAUGAGCGAAUCUCCCGUGGACAUCCCGCCGAGUGUAGAGGGCGGCGCGGAGAGUCGCGAGGUGACGGAGGUACGGCGGGAGGACGCGGCCUCUAUGGACGGCGUUGACAUCCUGCUGAGGAUCUUCCCGGGGGAGCGGCGCGGCGUGUUGGAGCUGGUGCUGUCUGGCUGCGGCGGCGACUUGCUGCGGGCCAUCGAACACUUCCUGUCUGUGGGCGAGGCGCAGCGGCGCCCCUCGGCCCCUGCACCCCGCCCCCUCGACCACCCGCCGCGCCCACUCUCGCCACCCAAACCCAGCCUUGGCAGCGCUAAGUCUGCAUUCACACCCUUAGCGGGUGGCGCGGCGCCCCCGCCCGCCCACCAGAACUACCUGGCAGGCGGCGUGGUGCCGCGUGUGCCCCUGUACGGCGAUGCUCGCUUCGCGCCGCCCCUGCUGCCCCUGUCCUACCCGCCCCUACUGCCACCCUUGCUUCCCGUGUUGCCGCCCCUGCCGCUGCACCGCCACUACCACCACGACUCCUCCCCAGAUCCUGCUGACGGGGACCUGGCGCGGCCUCGUGACCACCUCACCGAGUACUCCAUGCGUCACGACCUCCUGACACGCCCAGACCUGCGCCUCAACUUUGACCUGCGCCCUGACCUGCGUCUGCGGUCCCCAGCGGCCGAGGAUAGUGCCUGAGGCGCCCGCCGCCCGCCGCCCGCCGCCCGUCGCUCCGCCCUUCUCUCCAGGAUCUGUCUCAGCAAGAUCAGAGGGAUCAAGUGGCCGCGACGCCUGAUCAGCUGACUGACUCACUAACUGGCAGAUUGUGUCACUUUAGAAGCACACACACACACACACACACACACACACACACACACACACACACACACACAGGUAUUGCCAUCAUUACCUUUACAAAAAAAAAAAAAGAUAGGUAAAACAACUUUUCCAAGUGACAAUACACACGAAGCUGACCUAAAUAAACGAAUGAUGAUUAAUCUAACAAGUGAACCAACCUGACGCGUAACCUUCCUACGAGCCGUAAUGAUGAGUGAGGUGACGACCAUUACUGUACUGUAUGUAGUUGUACUGUACUGUACUGUAGGUGUAUGAUAAUGACUUCUAUUCCAGGUGUUUUCGUUCCACGUGUAUAGCUUAGUAGUGUUUUGUGUUCCAUAGUGUUAUCGUACCUUGUAGACAAUUCUUGUACCUCCUAAGGAAUAAAAAUACCUAUGUCCAUUUA